ACCUAUUUAAAUGUAUCAUAUUCCACCCAAAACUCUCAUACUCAAGGUUGUCAACCCGCGGGUCGGUCACUGAUUGACCCAUUUUGACCUAACCCACUGAGAAAAAUGGGUCGUAACCCUGCUGGGUCAACCCACUGUAAGGUUGUCGGGUUGUAGGUCAUACGUUGUCCUUUUUCCAUUUGGUUUGCGAAAUGCUCCUAUUUUUCGAUUUUCCUCUUCGCUUAACCCUAUUUUUUGAAUUCUAAAUUUAACAUUUGAAUAUUGAUGUCACAUAAGUGUGUAUAAGUUUGUGUUAAUUUUCACUAUAUGUUGCAUUCACAUGCGACUUGUUAUUUUGGUGUAAUUUUAUAUGUUAUUGCUCAUAUGUUAUAUGAGAUUUGAUAUAAUUUAUAAAUGUAUGAACAAUAUAAUGACUUAUUCAUUUAUCCGGACUAAAACGGACUAAAACAGUUGGACAUUAACCCUCAACCCACUUGCUCAACCGGACUAACGGGCUAAACCGAGUAGACAACCUUGCUCAUACUACUCGUCCCUUAUUUGACCACCUAAUAAUUGUUAUCUCUUUCCUUCUCCUUCUAGUCGGCCUCCCUCUCAAUUAUUCCUAAUUAUAAUACUCAUAAACAUAAUAAUUAUAAACUAUCCCAAACCUACAUCAAACAAAAUAUAUAUAUAUAUAUGAUUUAGGGUAACAUACGAUCGUCGUACGUUGUGCGCCUGUGUUCACACUUGUUAAUAAUUUUUAAUUAGUUAUAAUUAAGUAAAUAAUUAAGAAUAAUAAAAAUUACAAGCAUACAUAUAAAUUUAUUUCAGAAUACUAUUUAGUCCCAAAUAAUAUUUUGCUGUCUUUCUGCUUAAAUCAAUCAUGUAAAUUUUCAAUUUAACAUUUAUAGUUCCUUCUUUUUGCUAUCCAUAAUUUAAAACACCUAAAUUUCUUAUCAACAAUAAAUAGUUCUAGGGCACUUUAUUACAUUCCUUUAUUCUUUCUCUUUCCCUUAUCAUCUGAAGCCCCCAGCACCCCAGGCAGUCACUCAACCUCUCUGUCUAUUUGCUACUCUGUUUCUGCUUCGCUUUCUAUUACCCAUAUUCACUCUCCAAGUUUACUAAUUCUUGACCACAACGACGGCCCAAAUGUUUCAUCGAUGAUAUUUGAAAUGGUGAGUUUCAUUAGUUUCUUUUGAUUUAAUUUGAAAUUGUGGAAAUCUUUGUUCAAUUGAUCGAUGAUCUUGAGAUCUCAUCCAUGGUGAGUUUUGAGUAGUUGCAUGUUAUUCACUUCUGUCAUCAACUGAAUACAGAUGUCAAUUUACUGGUUUUGAUCCAAUUCAUAUGGGUUGUAUUCCUUGAUCUCCCUCGACAGCUGACAUCUUCAAAUUUUCCUUGAUUUCUUGUUCCAACAAGCACAGUCAAUGCGUAUCAGUGCCCUUAUAGAGUUUCCAUUGGCCCGCACAGUCAAUUUCCCCCCCCCCCCCCCCCCCCCCCCCCUGACUUGAUAGCGUUAUCUUUACCUUCUGAAAAUUUCUGUGAACUCCCCGUAAAUCUCAUUUUGGCGACUUGGAGCGGGAACGUUGAGGGUGGGGAGGCGAAUUAGGUCACCUAACACCAUCGGCGACCUCGUCGCUGCUGCCGCCACUGGCUUCUUCGACCUUUUGCUUCUUUGGCACCGAUUCAAGCCCAGUUUCGCUCGAGCCGGAGCCGGGGGUGGGGUGGAGCCUUCGCUUGAAAGUUCGGGACUAGCAUCCAAAGGCAGAGGCGCGAGCUGCUGGGCAUCCAUGGCCGAAAACGAGAACGAGAACCCUAGGAUAGGGAAGGGAAACGAACGAAAUUGGGGAUCUCGAUUCUGAAAUCUUCCCAUCGCAAGCAUGGUGACAUUCAAUAUAAAUAUAUUAUGCAUUUUGAAAGAAGAAAACGAAAACAAUUACACUAUUUAUUGUUGAUAAGAAAUUUGGGUGUUAUAAAUUAUGAAUAGCAAAAAGAAGGUACUAUAAAUGUUAAAUUGAAAAUUUACAUGAUUGAUUUAAGUAGAAAGACGGUAAAAUAUUAUUUGGUACUAAAUAGUAUUCCAAAAUAAAUUUAUCGAUAUGCUUGUAAUUUUAAUUAUUCUUUAUUAUUUACUUAAUUAUAACUAAUUAAAAAUUAUUAACAUGUGUGAACACAGGCGCACAGCGUACGAUCGUCGUACGCUAGCCUUUGCCAUAUAUAUUUGUAGAUAUAGUCGACUUACAUAUAUGAACCAACCAUGUAAUGAUUUUCUUGUAGGGAGCCACAACAUUUCAACCAAUAAUAUUGGUGGUUAGAUGGAUGGUAAAUUUUGACUUAUGAAAAAUAAAGUGCAUAUAUCAUAUAUCAAUGACAAUUAAAUAGUAAGUAAAGGGGUGAAAAUCACCACUCGUCACUAAAUUCGCUGAAUUGAUUGAUGUUUACCACUAAACUCUUUUUAAUUUAACUAAACCAUUAAAUUUUAUAUAAAAGACCAUCAUGCAUCACUUCCAUCAAAAUUUUGUGGAUACAACUUAAACGUUGUUGACAUAGGGAUGACAAUGGGGUAGGUGGGGUGGGUUUGUCUAAACCAUUCCCAUUUUCAUCUUUAAAUACCCAAAACCAUACCAGCCCCAUACCCACGCGGGGAAUGUUUUGCAAACCCAUCCCCAUAUUCGUGGGUUUCGGGUACCCAUGGGUAAUACCCGUACCCGUACAUCCAACAUUAUUAUACCUAAAACUUAUAAUAAAUUUUUUAAUUAGAACUCUAAAUGAAUCUAUUAUAUCACGAAGUCAACAAAACACAGUCAUUUUCUUAAUACGGUUCAAAGUAUAUGAUCGUAAAACAUCCAUUAAUACAUAAUAUAAUAAUAUGUUCUAACUCUAAAUGAAAAAUAUAGAGUAUAAUAUUUUUCAAAUUAUUAUGUUCUAACUCUCAUAUAUCUACUUAAUAAUAAUUAACUAACAUAAUCUUGUUGACAAUGGGGAAAGUGAAAGGAGAAUUGAGGGAAAUGAAUUAGGUUUUUAUUAAGGUGGUCACUCAAUUGCAGGUCUACUAUUUAUUUCCUCGAGUUAUCCUCAUCACCAUUGAUAAAAUACAAUUUGAUCGACAUAUUUUUUUACAUGUGACAAAAUUCUAUUGGUGGGGUGGGUAUGGGUAUGAGGCGGGGAAGGCUAAAACCAUACCCGCCACAUACCCAUCAAACUUUUUAUGGGUUUUAUCCAUACCCGGUCAAAGUGAGGAUUCCCUGCAUUACCAAGGUCAGGGGCGGUCUGGUACCCGCGAGGCCGCGACUAUGGGUUUGAUUGACAUCCCUAGUUGACAUAGCACUAACGGUGCUGACAUGACAACUUCUUAUUCCUCUAAGCUGUCAAAUACUCUAUGUCAUCUGCCACAUCACAACUUUCCUAGUCCCACCUCUAAUCUAAAAAGGGAUAUUUAAAGGAACCUUCAAUUUUGCCGACGGCAAGAUAUCCACCUCUGAGCUUGAAUCCAUCAUGUCCACCCUCGGCCAGAACGCCAGCGAGGAGGAGCUCCAAAAAUUGGAAAUUCGACGGGGACAGGUACAUCGAUUUCAAGGAUUACAUGGAGUUGAACACUCCGCGGGUUGGUUCCGAGGAGGCAAUGGUCAAUUUGAGAGUCUAAGACAUCGACGAAGACUCUAUUAUCGUGGAGGAGUUGCACAAGGUCAUGGAUAGCCUGGGCGAGGAUUUCUCCAUUGUUGAGUGCCGCAAGAUGAUCAGCGGCGUCAUAAUAAGGGCGACGGGACAAUCGAUUUCGAAGAGUUUAAUUGAAACUCCAUUGACGACGACGAUGUCGAGAGAUGCAUAUUGGAGGAGGAGCUGAUACCAGAAGGACAGCAGCUACUGCAAUCAUUCAUUGCAAUCCUGAUCAGGCAAGGAUUCAGUCUCAAUAUCAGCACGAUUAAGUGGAGAAGAAUGAAAGUUUGGAACUGAAAUGAACUUUGACUUACGCUGUCGUUUUGCUCAUUCAUUUGUUUAGUCUGUUUAAGUGCAGAUCGUUAGCUAAUAAAGAAUCCAAGCCAGACACGCGUUAAGCUUUGGUUAAUGGAUUUCGUAUAGCCGUUAAUACUGUGUAUUAUCCGUUAUGGAUCCAUAUAAAUAAAUAAAAAACCUAAAGAGAGGACUGCAUUUUUUCUACUGCUCCUCCACCCAAAUCUCAGGUCUUCUUCCGCUUCUCUUAUGGUAUCAGAUCAUGGCGCCAUUCAGGCAGCCUGAUUCAGGUAGGAGCAGCAGCUUUAAGUCACAAUGAGUGGGAAUGAAGAACAACCCACGUCUGGAUUAGCAACACAUUCAACCUCAAGUGCAGCAACCACAUAUUCUACACAACCUUCUCAAUCUUCUUCGGAUUUCCAGUUUGGUAACCCCUUUUAUCAGAACCCUAAUGAAAAUCUUUCUCAAUCCAUCGUGUGAGGUCCUAGAUGGUAGUAACUAUCAAAUGUGGGCGAGAUCUAUCAGCAUUGCUCUCAAAACCAAGUAUAAGCUUGGGUUUAUAGAUGGAUUUGUAGAAAUUCCAAAUCCCAGAACAGAUCCUAAUGGUUAUAGAGCUUGGGAUGCUUGCAAUACUGUUGUUCUUUGCUGGAUUAUCAAUUCUCCAAUAAGGAUAUUAAACGUAGUGUUCAGAGUCAUGAAGUGGCACAAAAUUUGUGGGAAGAGUUGAGAGACAGGUUUGUUGAAGGAAGCUCGUAAAUGGCUCUGCUCAAGCAAUUCAACGGAACAAAGGAUUGAUUUGGAAAGCUUGCCAAUGCCUCUGCUCAAGCAAUUCAAUGGGACAAAGGAUUGAUUUGGAAAGAAAUCAAAUCAGCCUACCUUACCUUUUCUGCUCGCAGGCCAGAAAUGGUAAAAUCAUCAAAGAGACGUUGGGAAGCAAGAGUAUAAGAAGAUAGAGAGUAUGGGGUUAAUCGGCACCUUUUUCAAGCAAACAAGAAGGAAAGAGCAGAGAAUUUGCUAGUGGUCUUGCUGAGAAAAAGAGAGCAGAUCAGAGUGAUUGCUUAGCUAACUAGGUGUAUUGUGUCACAGUCUUGAGUGAGGGUACAGUCUGGUUAGGGUGAUUUACCAGCAAUAGGCUGAGAGUUCUAGUUUAGAAUUGUAACAAAGAACUUGAGGAAACAAAUCAUUAGUCAUACGUUGAAGGUCUCAAGAAGAGAUCCUUCAACUGUGGAUUAGUCGGUACAGGGAUUAUUAUUCUCUCUGUGCUGGAUACCACGUAAAAAUUAUGUGUGUUAUUGUUCAUUCAUUCUGUUUCUUUUUCGGUUGAUAAUCUUGUUGUGUGCUUGUGAGUUCAGUUCGGAACAGGGGAGGUUUUCCAGAAGCAGAGUGUAGAAGAACAAGGAGUAUCAAUCCACCCUUCUGACUAUCUGUGUUAAGGGCCUUACUUACAUCACUUUCAAACUCAUUUUUCUGGGCCGGAACUUGGAAAUAAUACGACAGGCCCAUUAUUCAUUCUCUGCCUAAUCGAAGAUUGAACACUUCCCUUCCUUCGUCCUUCAUUCAGUUGCAAAUCAAUUUCACCAUCUUACUACAAGUUUUCUCUAGGGUUUUUGAAUUUCAAGAAGAAAGUACAAGAAAAUCGUCUCCGGUCUCGUUCUCGACCUUCGCUUACAAGGUUUGGUCAAGCUAAUGUUGUAAAGCUGACCAACUUGGAAGAUGAUAUUCAUGCUUGUAAGCAAGGGAACAUGACCAUAACCUAGUAUUAUACAUUGAUGAAGGGGUUGUGGGAAAAAUACUCAAAGUUCAACCCAAUAGUCCCAUGUACUUGUGCUCCAGGAUAGAUCUUGCCCUGUCCAACUAUGGAAGCCUUUAUGGCGAAACAAGAAACAUAUUAUCUUGUGAGGUUUGUGAGAGGAGUCAGUCUUGCAUAUGAUGUUGUCAAGACUCAGCUUCUUAUGAUGAAGCCCCUCCCAACUGUUAUAGCAGCAUAUGGGGACCUUCUCCAACAUGAGCAUAAAUUUAAAUAUGACGAAGGAAGGAGUACACAGUUAGUGGCACUUGCAUCUUAUGGAAGGCAAGGAAGUCAAGGGAAUGACAAUACUGUUGGGAGACAAGCACCAAACAAGGAAGUGCAGAAGGAAGUAAAACAAGGUUGUUUUGCAGAUAUUGCAAGAAAAUAAAUCACAAUAUAGCAGACUGUUAGAAGCUGAAAAGGAAGAACAAAGAGCAGAAUGCUAGAGCUGUAAAUGAAUCGGAGGAUGGUGUUCUUGAGACUCAAUCGAGCAAUGGGACAGGGAGUGUCAACUUUGGAGGAAGUGGCAACAACUUAGGCAACAUAGUGAAUCUUUAGUUGACUGGUGAAGAAAUGAAUAGACUCAGUCUCUUGCUUCAGGGAGUGACAACUAGUCCUUCACCUUCUCCAUCACCACCUCAUUCACCAAACAUCUGUCAUGCAGCUUUCUCAGUAGCACAACAGAUGCCACAGUUUCCUAAUUCAGUUGGUAAAUAUGUUCUAACAUCAUAUUUUCAUUGUCAUUCAGCCUCCCUUGUUCCAACAUGGAUUUUAGACACUGGAGCUUCAGAUCACAUUGUUUGCUCUAAAAAUUUCUUUACCACUUACAAACCAAUUCAUGGUGUGUCAGUUUUCUUACCAAAUAGCACUAAGGUGUUAGUCAAUCACAUUGGAUCAGUUAGAUUGCCUUCAGGAAUUCUGUUGAACAAUGUUUUGUUGAUUCCCAGUUUAGUUUCAAUCUUGUGUCAGUUAUUAGGUUGACACAUGACUUACCAAUUUCCCUCACCUUCCAAUCUGAUUCUUGUGUUGCCCAGGACCUAGUAACCAAUAGGAUGAUUGACUUGGGAAAACAAAGUAGGGGUCUAUACCAUCUAAUGUCCAGUCCAGAUAGUCAGAUCACACCUUCAGUAGCUUCAGUCUACAAUUUCUAGCCUCAAAAGAUUAACCUUUGGCAGUGGCGUUUAGGGCAUCCCAAUUCCAAGAAGAUAAAAUUAUUAAAGUUUUGUAAUCCUGUAAUUAGAAAUGAGAUAGUGAAGCAUUGUGAUGUUUGUCAUUUUUCAAAACACAAGAGAUUACCUUUUCCUUUGAGUGAACACAAAGCAAAUGAUGUUUUUUUAUUUAAUCCAUGUUGACAUAUGGGGGCCUUUGGCAGUUGAAUCUUAUGAUGGUUUUUCUUACUAUCUUACUGUUGUUGAUGAUUAUUCUCGAGUUGUGUGGAUUAUUCUUAUGAAACACAAAUAAGAAACCAGGUCCUUGUUGCAUAACUUCUGUGUCAUGGUACAGAAUCAGUUUCCAAAUUUGUUAAAACCAUAAGGAGUGAUCAGGGUAGGUGAUAGACCAUUGAUUGCACAUGUUUUUACCCUUAUUCUUGAGCAGUUUGAGAUGUUGAUUCUCGUGUUUUAAGCCGAUUUCACGCUAGGUUGGGCGUUUAUGUCAUAUUUCAGGGCUUAGCGUUGGCAUUGAGGCGAAGGAACGAGUUUCCGGUCGAAAGGAGCACGUUUGGGUUGAAGUGUGCUGCAGGAGCAAAAUACCCAGCCAUGAGCAGAAAGACCCGGCCGGGUAUUAUUUGGAGCAGACCGUGGAAAACAGGUUUUGGGCGUUUGAGAAGCAGAAGGGGGCCCGGGCAGUAAUCAGAAAUCCCCGGUCGGGUAUUCUUGGACUUGACCGGGGAUUAACCCCUGUUCCCCGACGGUGCAUUUUGAAGAUACCCGGCCCCCACCUAAAAUACCCGACCGGGUAUUCAGGAUGGGGAUCGCGGCAGACAGCUUCUUAAGGGAAAAGAAGGGCAAAAGUGAGGGGUUCCGAGUUUGAGAGAGACAAAUUGUAUACCUAGAGAGAGAAAGUGACGAACCUGAUUCUGCAAGUGUCUUUGAUCGAUCUCCAUCACCAUUGAAGCCCGGCUUGAGCUUGGAGAAGAGCUGAUUGAGUGCCAGAAGUAGAUUCUCAUCCUUCACAGUAUGGUUUCCGCAUCUGAGCUAGAUUUCCCGUCUCUCUCUAUGGAGUAACUUUCUUAUUCACCUGGGUAUGAAGAACCCUAGAUUUGUAUGUUAGGUCUGAUUGUAUGAACCCAGGUAAGAAUUCAGUGAUAUGAUUUUAUUCAAUUGAGGUUUGAUUUCUUGAAUGACAUGAAUCCUGAUCAAAUUCCUGUUGUUUCUGCUUCUUUAACCUAGAAAGAGAAUAUCUGCCUAGGUUGAUAGAGCGCCCUUGAUUGAAGGUAGUGAAUUGACGACUUUAGUCGAGGAGUCAAUUCACUAUUCUGUACCGAAUUUACUUCGGUAGUGGAGGUUUGGUUCGUUAGGGCCUCAAUUUGUUUACUCCGGUGAAGGUUAGUCGCCCGCUGGGGACUCAGAUUGAGAGGGUCUGAAGACCUUUAGUCGAGACUGCAGACUGUUUAAGAACCUCCCGCAGUAUAACUAUCAUUGAACUUGGUAAAUUACAAUCUGGCUUAACUGCAGUCUAGGGGGAACCAUAUCCGGGUGACCUCUCUCGACUUGAAAACAACCUUUUAACUGCUUUGCUUGUUUGCUUGUUUGGAUCUUCACUACACUUUCACUGCUAAAUAAAGAAUUCACAGAGUAGUCAUCACACUUAGGACCCGGGUUGACAUUAAAACCCAAACCCGCUAUACUACGCUUUAGGAGGUGGUUACACUUGGCCAUUUUCUAGAGUGACGGUAGGAGAGAGUCAGUAGGGAGUUCCAUAUGACUGAGUUUUAUCAAGAACAUGAGAACACCAGAUGUCUUGUGUAGCUACUCCAGAACAAAAUGGAAGAGUUGAAAGGAAGCAUCAACAUAUAUUGUAUGUGGCAAGGGCAUUAAGAUUUCAAUAUGGUAUUCCCUUACAGUUUUGGAGUGAUUGCAUACUCCAUGUUGUGCAUCUAAUUAACAGAUUGCCUACACCUAUUUUAGAAAACAAAAGUUAUUUUGAAUUGUUGUACAAGCAACCACCUUCCCUUUACCAUUUUGAAGGUCUUUGGUUGUUUAGCCUAUGCUUCUAUCUUGAGCAGUGGUAGAACCAAAUUUCAGUCUAGAGCUAGGCAAUGCCUUUUCCUAGGAUAUCCAUUUGGCAUCAAAGGAUAUAAAAUCUUUGAUAUGACUUCACAUGAAGUGUUUAUGUCCAGAGAUGUGACUUUUUAUGAAGAUAUUUUUCCUUUUCAUGGCCUGGUUGAUGAUUCAAAAGACACACAAGUCUUCCCUGAAUUGCCUACAGUCAACUUCCCUGAUGUCCAGGCUCAUGGGGGCCAACCUCCUUCAUCUGUUCCUUCUUCUUCAGUUCCACCAGUUCCAUAUGCUCCAGUUGAUCCUCAGACCUCCUCAGGAACUGACUUUAGUGCUAAGUCUUCCUCUCAACCCUCAUUAGUAGAGGAAGACCACUCAACAGAUGAAGACUUUGCUGAUGCUGAGCCUGACUAUCAGGAGGAAUCUAAUGAUGACUUGCCACAAGGAGAUGAACUGGAUGAUCAUGAUCUUCCUCCAAGGAAUAGAAAGCCACCUGUUUGGCAUAAGGAUUGUUACAACCAUCAAUCAGAUUAAUCAAUACUGUAUGACUAAUUAUGUAUCUUACCACCAGUUUAGACCUCAGCAGAAGAGGUAUGCAAUGCGCCUUGUUGCUUUUAUGGAUCCUCAAUCCUACAAAGAAGCAGCCAAAGAACACCAUUGGGUUAAAGCUAUGGAAGAGGAUUUGAAUGCCUUGACUGAAAAACAUACUUGGGAUUUGGUGACUCUGCCAUAUGGGAAAAGAACUAUUGGGUGGAAGUGGGUGUUCAAAACCAAGCUCAAACCUGAUGGAUCAGUUGAGAGAUAUAAAACAAGGUUAGUUUCCAAAGGAUUUACUCAAAUCUAUGUGAUAGACCGUUAAUUGCACAUGUUUUUACCCCUAUUCGUACAUAGUUUGAGAUGUGGAUUCUCGUGUUUUAGGCCGAUUUCACGCUAGGUUGUGCUUGUUUGUGAUAUUUCAGGUCCUAGUACGUGAAUGGAGGCUUGGGAGCGAGUUUGGGGGCGAUUGGAUGAAGAUCGGACGCGUGGCGAGGCGCUGAGGAAGCCACACAGGCAUUCUUGGAACCCACACGACCGUGCCAGUCACCCUUGUGGCCGUGUGGUUUGUGCCGAGAGCUAACACGGGCAUGGUGGAAAUUCCACACGGCCGUGUGUCCCUGGCCGUGUGGGAAGCCUGAAGCCAAAUUAAUUGAGACGCAGCGUUUUGAAGGCCACACGGGGCAUCUGGGUAAGCCACACGGCCGUGUGGCCUGCCCGUGUGAGUCGGGAAAAUCUGGGUUUAACCCAAUUUCGAGCCACAAGUGAGAGAAUCGACUUUUCAGAGCAAAAACAGAGCCCUAGAGAGAAAGUGCGAAGAACACAUCCUAGAAGCGAUCUUGGAGCUGGGUUUCGUCAAAUCGAGCUUGGAGAUCAUCAUAGGAGUGGAAAUCAUCAUCCCAGAGCAGAUUCUUCCCAUUGUUAUGAGUAGGGGUGGUAAACGGUAAUCCGGUAAACGGUUUACCGUUUUACCGAACCGUUUACCGGCGGUAUCGGCAGCCGAGUGGGAAGUUGGGGGAGUCGGUUUACCGAACACGAUAUCGGUAAAUACCGACGGUAAAUCGGUAAUUUGGUAUCGGUAAUUACCGAUACCGAAUCCCCCCUCCCUACUCCCUAGUGUUGUGCUGCGUUUUGUUGCUUUACCCCCAAAAAUAUAAAAUAUUACAUACAUGAAUGUAAGUAUAGGCCUCAAAAAUAUUGUAAAUAAGAGUUAAUAAUAAAUUAUUAAUUACAAAAAUGAUGAAAAAAACUCAAAAAAUCAAAAGAUUACAACAUCACCCCACUUCCAGAAAUUUGGUUUGGUAAAUAUUCGGUAAACCGACCGAAAAACCGCCCGAAAUCGCUUCUCACGGUAUUUCGGUAAUACCGGUUUGUAACCGUUUACCAGUAAUUCGGUAAUCGGUAAACCGGUUACAAACCGGUAUCGGUAAUCGGUAACCAGUUUGGCCAACUUCGGUAUACCGAAACUGGUAAAUUCGGUAAACGGUAAAUUGUUUACCGACCAAAUCCCACCCCUAGUUAUGAGUAUGACUGCUUUGUAUCCUGUUUUCCUCUCUCUCUCUAUGGAGUAGAACCCUUCUCUCACUUGGGUAUGAAGAACCCUAGUUCCAUGUGUUAGGGAUUUGAUUGUAAUGACUUGGGAUGAUUAUACUGUUUGGUUUUAAUCGAAUGAUGCAUGUUUCAUUGAAUUGAUUGAAGUCUGAUCAGCUUUUCUUGAUUUCUGUUGCAACCUGAGAUAGAUAGAAUCUGAUUAGGUUGUUAGAGCUACAUCAUUCGGUAGUAGGAGAUUGGCUAUACUUGAGUUAGUCAAUCUACUGCUUUAACAUGGAAUCCAAUUCCAGUAGUGGAGUUCUGUGCUUAUUGCUUCAGCUUUCUAUCCCGGUGAAGACUAGUCGUCUGCCGGGUAGUUAGACUGAGAGGGCUUGGUCAGCUUAAGAGAUUCCAAGCUACUGUCGGAUCUUCCGCAGUCUAAUCAACAGUAAAUCAACCC